AUGCUACCGCCAUCCCCGCCGCCACCAAAUUCAUCCGCACCAAUUGUGAUAACACGCUCUACCCCGACCUCAGCUACCACUCCCUCUCUCGCUACGCCGUCGCUGUCUGCCGGGACCCGACCCGCCUUAAAAAACCUCAAACGAAAUGGAUUGAAGCGGGCCGUCCAGGAGGAUAAUGGGACGGAGCCCACUGGUAAAAAGAAGUCGAAGAAUAUUAAGAAGGCUGAACCCGCAUCCGAGAAGAAACAACCGUUCCAGAGGAUAUGGAGCGAGGCCGACGAAAUCGCCAUCCUCAACGGAAUGCUGCAGUUUAGGGCCGAGAAGAAAUCCGACCCGAGGGAUAAUUUUGACGCGUUUUUUGAGUUGAUCAAGAAGAAUUUGCACUUUGACGCGACGAGGGCCCAGCUGAAGGAUAAGAUUUUUAGGCUGAAAAAGAAGUACACAAACAAUAAGCACAAGGGGAAUGAAGGUAAAGGAACAACCUUUACGAGCCGGCAUGAGCAGGAAGCCUAUGAUCUGUCCGAGAAAGUGUGGGGCACUGAGAAAGACGAGGUCCAAAAAACCAGUGGCAGUGGGGCGAAGAAAGAAAACGCCAAUGGAAGUAGAGCUGAGAAUGAAAACCCCAAUGGCAGUGGGGCCGAGAAAGAGAACGCCAAUGGCAGUGGGGCCGAGAAAGAUAACAGGGUUGAAAAAGCCAAUAAUAUUAAGGAUUCAUUGGCUAGUGAGAGGAGGUCUGUUGGGAUAUGGGAAAGGAGGUUGUUGAGUGGUUUAGGGGAUGUUCGAGCUGUUGGGGACGUCAUGCUUAGGGAGGGGGAGAUGGGGACUAAGGACGACGAAGAAGAAUUGAAGAAGCUGGAGAGUGAAGAGACUGAGGUGUACGCGAGGCUUUUUGAGUUGAAAACUCAAAAGGCAAAGCUUCUUCAGAAGAUGAUGAAGUAG